UAAUAAUAUAAAAUAUUAACAAAAAUUAAUAAAUUAAUAAAAUAUUAAUAUUAAUAAUUUAAUAAAAGGUUAACUAAACUCAAAAAUAAAGUUUUUUAAAAUUUUUUCUAAUCUUUCUAACGUUUUAUAUACCUAGUUUAUUUUUUCUAAAUUCAUGAAUUAUUUUUCUUUAAAACUUAUUAUUUAUACUACUUUACUACAUCGUUUUAGAAUAUAUUAAAUAUAAAUUAUUACAGUUUAAUCGUAAGAUUGUGUAUUUGAACCCAUCCUGAUAAAAAACUAUUUAGAUUCUUCUGAAUCUUACCAUUUUAAUAAAAAUGCAGUCUCAAGAAAGUCAACCAAAGUAUGCAAAAUUAAAUAUAGGUGGUUCAUUAUUUUACACAACAAUAGGCACAUUGACCAAGCAUGAUACAAUGCUUAAAGCUAUGUUUAGUGGACGGAUGAAAGUACUUACUGAUACUGAAGGUUGGGUCCUAAUUGAUCGUUGUGGAAAGCACUUUAAUUCUGUGUUGAACUUUUUACGUGAUGAACAUGUAGCUCUUCCAGAUAAGACACAUGAAAUUGCUGAGUUAUUAGCUGAAGCCAAAUUCUAUUUAAUAUCACCGCUUGUUGAAUCUUGUCAACAAGCUUUACGGUCUAGACAAUGUAAAAUUGAACCUCAAUGUCGUAUACCUCUUACAUCUUCUAAUGCAGACUUAUGUCAACUCAUUACAAUGAGUACAAAGCCGACUGUUAAACUUCUAAUAAAUAGACACAACAACAAGUAUUCAUAUACAAGUGCUUCUGAUGAUAAUUUAUUAAAAAAUGUUGAAUUGUUUGAUAAACUUUCAUUGCGUUUUGGUUCAAGAUUUUUAUUUAUUAAAGAUGUUACUGGUUCAAGUGAAAUAUGUUGUUGGAGUUAUUUUGGAUUGGCAACCAAAGUCGCUGAAGUUUGUUGCACAUCUAUUGUGUAUGCUACAGAUAAAAAACAUACAAAGGUUGAUUUUCCAGAAGCAAGAAUCUAUGAAGAAUGCCUUAAUCUAAUGCUUUAUGAGAAUCGCACUGAACCAGACCAAGAACUUAUGCAAGCUACUUCUUGGCGUGGUGCUGUAUCAGGUGUGUCAUCAGCUUAUGGAAGUGAUGAUGAAGAUGAACGAACUCGUAUAGUGCUUAGAAAAAGAUUGGUUUAGUAUUCCAUAAUUAGUUUUUUGAAAAAAAAGUUUUGAGUAACAGUUAAUUUUAAUUAGUAAUUACUAAUUAAUAUACUUUCGUUAUAUUUUCUUACCCUUAAACUUUGCUUCUUUUGAAAUUCUAUUUGUUAUUACUACUAUGGAAGUUAGAUCCAAAAGGACUACUGGAUCAAAUGGUUAUAUUCAUUUGAAUAAUUGAGAGGAUUAACAUGGGAUUAACAAUUUUAAUAAUUUAUUCUCGACAAAUGUUUAUAUUGUAUUUUAUAUUCAUAGAUCUUAGUUAUCUAUUUUAUUAAUUUAUUUUUUCCACUCAUACACCAACGUGUUCAAACAGUUCUUCUCUUGCAGUAGUUGAGGCCAUAAUCCCUCCUCACCCACCAAAAAAGAAAAAUUAAUUUUUAGUAUUAAAUUACUACAAAAUUUUAACUGAAAUAUUUUUGUCUUCUAUAAUAUUAAGUACUCUACUGACUAGCUAAUUUAUAUAUUUGUAUAUUAAUAUUUUUUAUCAAUGUAAUUUUACAAAUUUGAAUAUUGUAAUAUAUCAUAAUACAGUUUCAUAAGAUUAGUUUAUUUUGAGUUAUUAAAAUAAUUAUAUUGUUUUUGUUUUAUAAAUAAUUGUAUAUGUUAAAAUUAAAUAAAUAAAUAAAUAAUGUUUGUUGUAAAAUGUGUAUAA